UCAACAGCGAGACACGGCAGUGGAGAGGAUUCACUCGUGAUCGAGAAGCUCCAAGUCAUCGAUUAACCAUGCUCGCCUUUCUCGUCUGCGCUGCUCUGCUGGUUGGAGCUGAGGUGUCUGCUCAGAGCUGUGGGAUCGCAGCAUAUCCCCAGAUUCGCGUGGUGAACGGCGUCGAGGCUCGCGCCAACUCCUGGCCUUGGCAGGCGCUCGUGCAGAGGUACUCUGGAGGAAGAUGGGUCAACUACUGCGGAGGAACCCUCAUUGAUAGUCAAUGGGUGCUCACCUCUGCCAGCUGUUUCACGAGUGGCUACAGCUACAGGGUGGUGCUGGGAAAGCACAGUGUGUCCACAACCGAGUUCGGGGAGGUCACCCCUCCAUUAAGCCUGGCCGUCUGGCAUAGCUACUGGAAUCCCAGCAUCCCGGCGAAUGGGUACGACAUCGCCAUGUUCAAGAUUGCGUCGCCCGUGGCUCUCUCCAGCAAGGUGCGCCCGGCCUGCCUGCCCAGCGCCAACCAGAUACUGUCCAACAACUACCCGUGCUACGCCACGGGCUGGGGAUCUCUCGACACCAGCGGCCCCUUCCCCAGCGCGCUGCAGCAGGCCAGCCUGCCCGUGGUGGACUACGCGACGUGCAGCCAGCCCAGCUGGUGGGGGAGCAGCCUGAGGAGCAGCGUGAUCUGUGCGGGGGGCAGCACCCGCUCUGCGUGCUAUGGUGAUGGAGGUGGCCCACUGAACUGCCAGCGGUGGGACAAUGCCUGGGUGGUGCAGGGAAUCACCAGCUACAUAUCAUCUCUGGGCUGCAACACGAUCCGCAAGCCCACCGUGUUCACCCGUGUGUCAGCCUACACGAGCUGGAUCAGCGCUGUUAUGAGCGUGUACCGUGAAGCCCCGAAGCUCGCGGAGGGAGAGCAGAGCAUCAACAGUGGAGUCAAUGCCACAAUUGCCGCAUUCAAGAAGCCACAGGCUUAAAGCUUCACGCUCUUUACAUCAAUGCUACCACUAACCCUAGAAUUACAUUUUCUUGUUACUGGUAAUCCUUGUUGCAAUGUGAGACCGAACAUGUGCGCAUAGAAUGGGUGGUUCUAUUAACUGAGUUUGUUUGGCCAUACUAGACAUGUUACCAGUGUUAAUGAUAACAGAAUUUGGCACUUAGAUCAGAUGUUGAACAGUUCGUUAUUUUGAAUUUUUUUGGCAAUACCAACAUGAAAAAUUUGCAUCCAAUAUUGAACAUACAUCUUUUAAAUUGAACGUCCACCAUAACACUAUCCUUUCCAUACCAAGUUAAAAUCUUCUAUUUUUGUAUAGACACUGGUAAAAAGAAUAUUGCAUAUACAAUACCAUUCGAUUGAUUAUAAAUGCUAAAUUUGAACAAGCCACUAAAUUCGCAAAUGAUGUGUUCCCAAGCAACAGUUGGAGCAGCAAGCUCACCAAACCAUUGGACCACCUUUAAAUGGCUUGUUUGCUUCACAUGUACAGUCCCUACAUAUCCAGUGUAUUGCAUCUCUUGAAAUAAAUGUCAUUUAAGUUUCAAUAUAUCGGUCAAGGUCAGGUAGUAUGUGCAAUUUCUUACAAUAUCGAUUGAGUCAGGAUUGGAUCAUAUCAUGGUGUAUUGUGGGAAGAGAGUUGAUUGAGGGUCAUACAGCAUUAUAAAGAGAAUGUCUUUUUAAAUGUUUAAUGCCUUUGAUGUGUUUUGUUAAUUUGUCAUACUGCAAGUGAUCUCUAUAUAUUUCUCAUCUCAUGGUGUAUAGUUUGGAUUGGUGCAAAAUAAAAAUGUCAAAAAAUCUAAUUGAAUUAAAUGACUA